CUCGCCUCGCAUAGUCGCAUCGUUCCUUUUUCUCUCCCCGGUGGAGGAAGCGAGGUGUGCGCCGGCACCGAGCGGAGCGGUAGCCGCGCGGCGCCGGCGACGAGCGGGGCUCCACCCAUCCUCCUCCUCCGACCGGCGGCUAGCGGGAGCCCGACAGGGCGGAUCUGGCGUGACGCGGCCCUCCCCCCCCCCCCUUCCCCGGGGGGGCGCCGGCGUGGCCUCCCGGGACCUCCGCCGCUCCUCUCCCCUCCUCCGGCCGCCAUGCCUCUCCUCCUCGUCCUCCGACCGCCGCGGUGAGGUCGGGGUGGCGCGGUCCGGCGUCGAGCGGUGUAGGGGCUUCCCGGCGCCGGCGGGGCGGCACGAGCGGCACCCUGAGCUGCGACGAGAAGGCAGCGGAGAGGAGGGGUUCGAGAUGGCGGCGGCGGCGGACGCGACGACGGCGAUGACAAUCGACUUCCUCCGCGCGCGCCUCCUCUCCGAGCGCUCCGUCUCCCGCGCCGCCAAGGAGCGCGCCGACCAGCUCACCAAGCGGGUGGCGGAGCUGGAGGAGCAGGUGCGGGCGGUGACGGCGCAGCGCCGGAAGGCGGAGCGUGCCGCGGGGGAGGUGCUCGCCAUCCUCGAGUCCCAGGGCCUCGCCCGCUUCUCCGAUGUGGCGGAUUCCGGUUCAGGUUCCGACGAUGAGGACGGCCUCGAGUCCGCCGAGAGCGGCAGCAAGGCUCGUGGGGACGCGGAGGAUGCGCUGUCGGGGUCAGAGUUUGGAGGCACUGCUACUGCGGCGGCGGCCGGGGGGCUGUCGUGGAAGGGCCGCGCCGCGAGCCACGAGUCGCAGAGGCGGCGGCAGCAGCAGCAGCAGCAACUGAAAGGCAGGCAUCUUAGGCCGAGGCAUAGCCAUAGGAGAGGCUACUUUUACUUGGUGGCCGCGGAUUCGUCGCCCAAGUACCACCCAGGGCAAUCGUGCCGGAAGGUCAAGAGGAAGGAGCUGAGGCUUCACACUGAAGGAGACGAGGGGAAGGACAAUGCCAUGGAAAGUACUGAGGAGGGGCACGAGAGAUCAGAUUGUACUGUCUGUACUGAUGAGCAGCCUGAUAUUGAUGGUGAGGUGAGCCAAGAUGGGCAGGGUUCCUGUGGCAAUGGAAGAGAUGGAGAUGAUGACAAUCCAUAUACUGUUGAGUAUGAGAAGGAUGGGGAGAUGGAGAGAGUUCUUGAAAAGCAGGCAGAGUUAAUUGAGCAAUACGAGGAAGAAGAAUAUGCUCAGAGGGAGUGGGAAAGGAAAUUCAACAAUUCCCGUGAUUCAACUGCGGGUGAUGUUGAGCUAUGCAAUAAGCUAAAUCAAAUUGAAAAGGCUUGUGAGCAGAGGGACAAAGCUGCUCAGAUCAAGGAUAAAGAAGUUUCUGAAGUGGGAGGGCCAAGUGACAAAAAUCUCUUUGCCAAUGACAGUCCCUCUGAAUGUUUGUCAACUGAUUCUGUUUCCGGAGUGCCCCAAAAUGCACCAGAAGAAAAUGCUAUUAAGCAUUGCAAAGUUACUGAGUGUGAUCAUGAUUUUGGGGAAGCUACUUCAACAGUUGUUUCUGUUGAUAGUGGCCCACAGAUUAGGAAGGAUGAGUUGGUAGACAAAAGUUUCACUGAAAUUAUUGAAGGAAGUGGGAAUAAUAUAGAGAAGUUGUCCUCUUCACUACAAAGAAACUACGAAAGUGUCCAAAAUGCAAGACAUAAUGAAGAUGGAGUAGAUGAAAGCUCAGACGGUGGUCCAGGCUACCAUGUAAAUGCUUGCUCUUAUGAGCACUACAUCAACACACCAUCAGUUGCUAGCCGAUCAAGUGACACCCCUAAAAGCAAAGUCUCUGAAUGGAGCUCAUCAUGCUUUCACAACCACACUGAUAACCAGAUUGACACACAGAUGCAUCAACCUUCAAGUGAUGGUGUGGGAGGUGUUUUGGAGGCCCUUCAACGUGCCAAGAUGUCCCUUAGAGAAAAGCUGAGCAAACCAAGUCCACCUAGCCUGGAAAUGUUAGCACUUCCAGCACCAGAGUAUCACUACGCAACGGAUGAUUCGCCAGUCAGAGACACAGAGCUUUCACUUUGCAUGUCAACGUUUCCUAGCCAGGAAAUAUUGGCGCUACCAGAACCAGCAGAGUAUCGCAGCAGGAUCAUACCACGGGAUGACGUGAAAGUGCCGGUGGGCCUUGCUGGUUUGUUCCGGUUGCCAACAGACUCUUUUGCUCAAAAUGAGUUGUGUUCAGCUGAUGGCUAUCAUUCAAGGUUCAGUUUGACAGCAACAAGUCGGGAAAACCUCUCAAAUCAUUUCAGGGCAAAUCUGUCACUUUCACGAUAUGGCUCCGAGUUCUCACCGGAUCCUUGUUUCAGUGCUCGUAAUUCUAUGUUGCUGUCGACACCAACUUUUGGUGGAUGUAGCAACCCAGUGUCAGAUUUCAGAGUAGGCGACGCUUAUUUCCCCUCUGAAGUUCCAAGGUCUAGCAAUAGAAGAGGGAUGCCUUCUGGAGAUCAAGGGAUGCUGUUCCAUUUUGCUGGCGAUUACUGCUCGAAUAAGUGGACGUUAUAGCUAUGCAUUCUUAGAAAUCAUAGUAUAGUCUGAGUAGGAUGCUUUUUGUAGUAUCAAUUCUGCCUACGGAUUGACAGUGAUGUAUCACAUCUAGUAUUCCAAUCUGUGAAUAAUUGGUGCUUAUAAGCAGCAGUUUUGUCUGAUAUUCUCUCUGAUA